GCUGGGGAGAAGAGGCGGAGUGGAGAGGCGACUGGGCCCGAAGCAUGGAGGAAAAUCUUCCAUCAACUCCGAUGUUCCGACCUCGCGAGGCACAAGGAACAGAGCGUUCAUUCCAUCACUCACAGACAAGGAAAGCUCCAAGGUACUAUAGACAUAGCAUCAGUGGUGGUUGGGCUAUUGGAGAGGCUUCCUAGACAGCAUGCAUUUGGAAAGGUGCGGCCUGGUCAGGAAUCUCAGGUGGUGACGAGAGGGCCGACAGGAGUGAGAUAUGCCAACUAAUGGAGUGGUGCCGCAGCAACAACCUGGCACUCAAGUAAGACGAAAGAGCUGAUUGUGGACUUCAGGAAGGGUCGAUGUGGAGAGAUGAAGAAAGUGGCGAAUGGCGAACUGCUCCUCGUUCACUGCCAUUCCCAAGUGUAUCUGGAAGUGGACUGAUAGAGUCUGGUGGUCCUGACUACUCAUCCUCUGUGGGUUGCUUCUCUUCCUGCCAGCCGCCAAGGGAACAGUUGAUGUGGCGAGGUAGUGAAGGUGGAGACUGGCAAGGCGGUGAAAGUGGCGACUGGCGAGGCGAUGAAGGUGGCGACUGGCGAGGCGGUGAAGGUGGCGACUGGCGAGGCGGUUCAGGUGGCGACUGGCAAGGCAGCGAAGGUGGCGACUGGAUCAGAAGAACUGCUCCCCGCUCUUUGCCCUUCCCUUCUGGAUCUGGAGCAGACAGUUGGAAUCGAGGUGCUGUGGCUGCUCCUCCACUAUGGGCACCGGCUUCUUCUCUUUCUGCCUGCCGUCCAGGGAACAGUCUGGCAACCUGCCAUCCUCCGGGAGCUGAUCUCCCAACCCAACUCGUGGACCCUGACAGAACGGACCAGCGAGGCCUAGGGUGGGUCCGGCCAGGUCGCAGCCGGCUCCGACCUCAGCGAACCCCUGCUAUUGAGACCCGACUGCCGGAAGAAGUGGCCCGUGGAUUCACUGGAAUGAAGACCCGACUGCCUGGAACACCUGAUGCUGACCCCAGAGGCUGGUUCUACCAGGGUACCCGUUCACCCGAGACAGGUGGAUUUGAUGCCCGAAGCUCAACUUGGCGCGAAGCCCGAGGCCCAACUCGACCUGUGGGGGUCGAGGCCCAAAAUGACCGGAACCAGCAGAUAACUCGGAAGCGAGGCAAGAGGGCAGGGCUGCAGGCGAGACUGAAAACUCGUGGGUUCAAGACCCCCCUCCCCAGCAUAGUACUAGCUAACGUCCAGGCCAUCGAGAACAAAGUUGAUGAACUAAGGUCCAGACUGACCUCGCAAAGAGAGCUGAGGGACUGUUGUGUGCUUUGUCUUACUGAAACGGGUCUUACGUCCGAUUUGCCUGACAGCGUCAUUCAACCUGAGGGCUUCUCCAUUCACCGGAUGGACUACGCGGCAUCCUCCGAUGAAAAUAGAGGCGGAGGGGUCUGCUUCUUAAUCAACUCCUCAUGGUGCUCGGAUGUGAAGGUUCUAGCGAGCGCCAGCACUGCAAACUUGGAAUAUCUAACGGUGAAGUGUCGCCCAUUCUACCUGCCACGAGAGUUCACUGUAACUAUCCUGACGGCAGCCUAUAUCCCACCUCAGACAGACACGAAACCCGCACUUGAUUCGUUAUGCGCUGUGAUUAACAGCUUUGAAAGAAGAUACCCAGAAGCCCUGUUCAUUAUUGCCGGACACUUCAACCAUGCCGACUUCAGAAGUGUGUCACCACAUUACUACCAACACGUCUCCUUUGCCACCAGUGGCCCAAACACCCUUGACCAUUGCUAUACGACCAUCAGAGAGGCUUAUCGGUCCAUUCCUCGUCAACACUUGAGUAAUCCAGCCCACCGGGCUGUGUUCCUUAUCCCUGCGUAUAGACAGAAAGUGAAACGAGAGAAGCCAGAACAAAAACUGGUACCGUGCUGGUCUGAGGAAACAAAGGAGAUUCUACGUGACUGCUUUGAGUCGGUAGACUGGAAAAUGUUCAAGGACUCGGCUGCCAGUCACGAGGAGUAUGUCACUACCGUCACAGACUUUAUCACCAAGUGUGUCGAGGACUGUGUACCAAAGAGGACAAUUACUGUGUUUCCAAACCAGAAACCAUGGAUGAACGAGGAGAUCCGUUCUCUUCUGAGGGCUAGGACUGCAGCAUUCAAAUCAGGCGACCCUGUCCUUUAUAAGAAAGCGAAAUACGACGUACGUAAAGCGAUCAAAGAAGCCAAGAGACGGUACCAGUCUGAAAACGAGUCUCAGUCUGGCCGUCAGAUGUUGCAGAACUUGCAAGCUAUAAUGGGUUGCGAUACAAAACCAGAAAACAGCACUAACAACAGCACAUCCCUUCAUGAUGUACUUAAGACCAUCUUGGAAAGUUUUGAACAGAAGGACACGGGUAUGUCCCCACCCGUCAUGUCAGACUCCAGUGAACCUGAAUCUACAGCCAAUGAUGGUGACCAUUCUGAGAGUGAACCUGUGGAAAGCAUCAUCCCCUGAUGAUGUCCCUGUUUGUGUCUUUCGAUCUUGUGUGCAUUAGCUGGCAAUGUUCAAAGUAAAAUUUAUUAUUAAAAGUUGGUAUAUAUACGUUA